UAAAAUUUAUUAAGAGUACAAAAGUAGCGCUAUAGACCACCACAUACACAUCCCCUAAAAUCAAAUAUCAAUCAACAGUAUCCAUCCGAGGUGAGAUGGUCUCUGGUCUCUCCUAAAACCGGUAUACUGAAUCGCUGAGACCCCGAUUUGAAAGCUGUUAUUUGGUGUAGUCGUCCUACAUGUUUCUCCCCCUGACCCCAGUAACUUAGGCCAGUGUAAAUAAAUCUCAAAUGAGUAAAAACACCGGCUGGCGAAAGCCAGCAAGACGCGCAAACCAAGUGAAGUGUGGAGAAGAAAAGCAGAAUCGCCAGGACCCCGGCUCGGAUCGUUCAUAUAACAAUUUCAACAUGUCAAGUUCUUCCAACACCGACAGGUCACGCGAGUCAUCGCAUCAUCAAUCUAUCUUCAACGAUGAUUUUGUUUCCAACAAUGAAGCGCACUAUUGGGUGAGAGGUAAUUCUCGAACCGGGUUACCUAAUGAUGUGUUACUAGGAGGUGUCGAUAACGAUGGUAAAGCAUUUUUCAUUGGAAGAGCUAUGAAGUAUCAUGAACAUUAUGUUCCAAUAAAGUUUACAGUCAAAAAUAGUGUCUGCAACUAUCAGCCAUUAAUUGGUGACAAUGAUGAAUUUGAUAUAUUAUGCGAGAGGAAAAAAACAUUGAGAUGGGAGGUCCAAGAUAACGGUUUUAUCCCUAAAGGAUCUGUUCAAGGUGGAUGGACUGACGAUAGUGUAAAACUUUUUAUAUGUCGUAUCAAUCGCUGUGGAACGUAUGAAAUUGGAAGUGUUAACAAGUAUGAUGACUUCUGUACCAUCGGAUACGGUAGAACGACAUUUCAAUACGAAACAUAUGAAAUAUUAAGAAAUGUAAGUUGAUUGAAUCAAUCAACAAUG